CGCGGGAGUAUGAAGAAUGUUUACAGUUGGAUGAGCAGAGUUGAGCACACUGAAGGAACAUAGGCAAAAUAAAAUCGUCUCUCAUUAAGACGGAUCUUAUGUUAGCUAGCUACUUAAAAAUGCUUCAGCCGGUGCCAGAUUGUACGUCAGAGCACUGUGAAAAGAAUACUUAGCUAGUUAACGUUAACUACUGCUAAGGAGCAGAUAACACACUACACAGUAACUUCGCUAACUUACCUGUAUAGGUUAGCUAGCUAGCUAGCUAGCCAUAACGCUAGCAAAGGGAAAUUGUCCUAGCUAGGUUACAUAGGUUGGCUAGUGAUAACUAGCUAUAUUCGUGAAUGAAUCAUUUUCGUUGCAAUGUCUUCUAGAGCUUGGCAGCAUCCUUACGUCAGUAUCUUUAAACACGUGAAGAUUGAGGAAUGGAAGAAAUCAACCAGAGAAGGAGAUGUGACCACCUAUAUGGACAAAACAUUAAAAUGUUCAGUUUUUCGCAUACGGGGAUCAAUUCCAGCCAGCAACUACAUCCUGGUUCCGAAGACAAGUACUCAGUCACUUGGACUUACUGGACGCUACUUUUACCUGCUCUUCAGGCCCAGCCCCAGCAAACACUUUGUGGUGCAUUUGGAUGUGGCUUCUCAGGAAAGUCAGGUGAUCCGUAUCUCCUUCUCCAACAUGUUCAAGGAGUUUAAGUCCACAGCAACCUGGCUUCAGUUCCCCUUCCUGUGUGGAGCUGCUAAAGGCUCAGUGUACGAGAGCACGGCUAAAGCAGCCAGACAUGAUUUGGUGGGUCCGGCCCCUCCCACGGUGCGCUGGACCUGCCUGUUGAUGGACCUGCAGUAUGUUCUCUCUGUCUACCUGAACCGCCGCCACAGCCACCUGAAGAGCGUGAAGCUGUGCGCCAACAUGUCCGUGAAGAACAUGUUCACCAGCGACUUGCUGUGCGACCCAGAGCUGUCUUUCAAUGAAGCCAAACAUGCAGGAACUGGAUCUGGGAAAGGCGCUAGUCCAAUGCCGCGUGAGAUGUGCUACCCUGUGCCCAAGGGAGAAAGCUGGCAUGAUCUAUAUGACUUGAUCAGGUUUCCUUCUGAUGGCGCCAAGAUGCCUUUUGAUUCAAUUCAGAAAGGGUGUACCAGUCCCAGAAUUGGUUCAGCUGCGUCUGAAGACCCUGUUCGUGAGGAUUCCCGCAGUGUUUCCAUCAGCAAGCCUGUGAAGGACAGGGUCUCUCUUAUCCAGCAAAUCACCACCCCCAAACACUGCUCCAGGUAUCGUGUCCCUUUGGUGACCACCUGCGUACCCGAGUUGGGCGUUCGGCCCGUCGCGCCAGGGACCAGAGAGCCGCAGGACUCCUGGCAGGACCCGGGGGAGGACGGGAGUCAGCAGCAGGAGCUAGAGAGCCUGGACGAGGACGACACGACGAGGAUGCUGGGCGUCGAAAACGAGGGUGUGCACGUCUUCGUACACAGAGACGACGGAGUCACCCCCCUGCAAGCAGAGGACAGCGAAGAGGAGGAGAUGGUAUUUGCCACGGUCCCGCGGCCGGUUUCCCUGCCCUCGACGAAGGCACCAGAGCGGCUGAAACUUCAGCCCGACCCCAUCCUGAAGCUGAACAGAAUCAUUGGCUUUGGAGGAUGCACCACCAAAUGUGCUUUGUGGAAUAAAUCUGGAGAUUCGGUGGUGUACCCCUGUCAUGCUGUGAUAGUCUCAAUGAAAAUCGUUUCUGGACAACAGCGAUUUUUCAUUGGGCACACAGACAAGGUGUCUGCGUUGGCGUUCGACGGCGGGUGCACUGUCCUGGCGUCUGCGCAGAUGGGCAAUCAGAGCAUCGUGCGUGUGUGGAACUACCUGAAUGGAGGCUGCCUGGCCAUGUUCAAAACCCACGCACACUCUCUGUCCUCUCUCAGCUUCUCCCACAGCGGUGGGGUUCUGUGUGGGGUCGGCAAGGACAGCCACAGUAAAACACUGGUGGUUGUGUGGAACACGCGACGGGUGACCAAAGGGAAAGAGGUGGUGGUUCUGGCCAAGGCUCACACGGAUGUGGACGUGCACACCAUGAAGAUAGCUUUCUUCGACGACACCAGGAUGGUGUCGUGCGGGAGGGACAACGUCCGUCUGUGGCGCGUGCGGGGAGGCUCGCUGCGCUCCUGCCCGGUCAACCUGGGCGAGUACCACGCCCUGGACUUCACAGACGUGGCGUUCGAGGAAGGCCACUGCGCCGACAAGGAGCCGGAGGACCGUACACUGUUUGCGAGUAGCAGAAGCGGUCACAUCUUGGAGAUUGAUUACAAGAGCGUGUCGAUCAAGAACGUGAGGCGCCUGGUCCCAGCCCAGCAGGUCCACUCGGAGCGCAGGGAGAAACAGACCUUCAGCACCGGCCCUGGCAUCGCUGUGAACAGCAUCAGCGUCUCCCCUGCCUUCUGUGCCACGGGCUCUGAGGACGGCUACCUGCGCCUGUGGCCCCUGGACUUCUCCAGCGUCUUUCUGGAGGCUGUGCAUGAGGGGCCAGUCAGCCUGGUGUCGGUCAGCGAGGAGGGGCUCAGCGUGCUGGCGGCCACCAGCACAGGGAACCUGGGCUACCUGGACGUUCAGAGCCGCAAGUACAGCACGCUGAUGAGGUCACACACCGACACUGUGCUGGGCUUCUGCGUGGACGGCAUCCGGAGGCGCGUCACCACUGCCUCCCGCGAUGGCAGUGUCCGGAUCUGGGACCUGGACUCCCUGCAGCAGCUAUAUGACUUUGUCUCCGAGGACGUGCCCUGCUCCGUGGCCUUCCACCCCAGUCAGCAGGUGUUCUCCUGUGGCUCCAGCUCCGGGGUGGUCCGGGUCUUCAACAUCGCCAGCUCCAGCCUGCUGGCAGAGCACAAACAGCAUAGGGGAGAGGUCAUAGGCUUGGCCUUCUCCCCUGAUGGAGAGUUCAUGUACAGUGCUGGAUCUCUGGGCUCUCUGGUUCUCUAUAACGCCUCACUGGAUGACUACCACAUCCUCAGAGCCCUGGGUAACGUGGUGGCGCGCGGCGUGGAGCGCAGUCCCGAUGCCCUGGCGGUGAGCAGCGACAGUCGCUGCCUGGCGUUUGUUGGGCCCUCUGAGCACAUCGUCACUGUCAUGGACGCUCGCUCCUUGGAUGAGCUGCUGAGGGUGGACGUCAGCAUCCUGGACGUGGAGAGCACCAGCCUGGACUCGGCUGUGAAGGUCUGCUUCCCCCCCGUCUCCACCGGCCACCUGCUGAUCACCACCUCUGCCAACAAGAUCCUCUGGCUCUACGCCAAAACAGGGAGGCUGCUGAGAGAGGUGUCCAACGUGCACAAGCAGCAGUGCACGUCUCUGGCGGUGAGCGAGGACGGCCUCUACCUGCUGAGCGCGGGGCACAGGGUGCUGAAAGUGUGGGACUACAGGAUGCAGCUCCACGUCAACGCACAGGUGUUCAUCGGCCAUUCCCAGCCCAUACAGCAGGUGAGCUUCACUCCAGACCAGCUUGGUGUGGUCAGUGUGGGAGAAGCCAUCUUUUACUGGGACUUCCUGGCCCAUUCUGAAGAGUCAGUGAAGAGGAGGAGCCCGUCUCCUGUCGUACGGUCUGCCUCUCCUUUUAAAUCCGCUCCAGAAGAUCAUUUGGAGCGGAUCAGUCCGUUGUUGCUGUCCAAUGGGAUGCCCCGACAGACUGUGCCCCUCCCAUCAGCCUCCCCGCCGUGUCUGGACAUCAGCCCUAUGAACAGAAACAGCCCUGAAGCCCUCGGCUUCCUGUCUGCUUGCGAGGACACAGAGGAAGCGCUCUCUGUCCCGUCCGCUCCAGUGUCGGGCUCCUUCCUCAGGGUCACAGAGAUGGCAGGGAGUGGGACUGCAGCCAGCCAGAGGAACGGAGUCACCAGUCACUCUGUGGCACAGGAGAAGCCACCAAUCCGUCCGGAUUCCUACAGGCACUUCACUCCGCGCUUCAAGACCUCUGUCCUGGAUCAGGGUACUGCGGCGCCCCGGCCUGGAGAGGAGGGCCUAAAGCUGAAGGCUGUGAUUGGAUAUAACGGGAAUGGGCGCGGGAACAUGGUCUGGAAUCCAGACACGGGGCUGUUUGCGUACUCCUGCGGCUGUGUGGUGGUGGUGGAGGACCUGCACACGGGCUCUCAGAGACACUGGCUGGGCCACACAGAGGAGAUCUCCACCCUGGCCGUGGCCAAUGACGCGCAGACGGUCGCCUCCGCGUCGGCGGGCAGCGGCGAAUCCGCCAGCCUCGUCUGCAUCUGGAGCGUCCGCGACGGCACCUGCAAGAAGACCCUCUCUCACCACAAGGGGGAGGUGCAGGGCCUGGCCUUCUCCAGAGAUGAUCUCUUCUUCCUUUCUAUUGGAGACUACACAGACCCGGGGGUGGCGCUGUGGAGCACCAGGACGUACCAGCUGCUGUCCAGCGUCAGCCUCCAGCAGCCGCUCCAGGACCUGGGCUUCAGCCCCGUCUCCUCCAGCCAGCUGGCCUGCGUGGGCAGCUCUGGAGCCCUCUUCUGCCUCAUCGAGCCCAAAGGCCCGGACGCGCAGCUACGGGUGCAGACAGCAGCUGUGCCGGAGGAGGUGGGGGAGGUAGAGUUGACCUCACUGUGCUACAACGCCAAUGGCAUCCUGUUCACGGGCACCAACAGUGGGCGUGUCUGCGCCUGGGACUGCCCCACCCAGCGCUGCUUCAUGACCUGGGAGGCUGACGAGGGCGAGAUCGGGAUCCUGUUGUGCAGAGACAACCGCCUGCUCACGGGCAGCAACACCAAGAGGAUCCGACUGUGGGCAGUGGCAGCGGUGCAGGCCAUGAGGCCUGGGGUGCAGAGCUCAGAGGACAGUGCUCUGGUGCUGCUGGAGCAGGAGAUAACCCUGGAUGGCACGGUGGUGAGCGCAGCCUUCGAUGACGUCAUGGACAUGGGCAUCGUGGGCACCACCGCGGGCACCCUCUGGUACAUCAACUGGGUGGAGAACACCAGCAUCCGCCUCAUCAGCGGCCACAAAAGCCAGGUGAACGAUGUCCUCUUCAGCCCAGACGAGAGCAGCUUCGCCACGUGUGGGGAGGACGGCAGUGUGCGGGUGUGGUCCGCACCCAGCAACGAGCUGCUGGUGCAGUUCCAGGUUCUCACCCAGAGCUGCCAGUGCAUCUGCUGGAGCCCAGAGCUUGGCUCUUCCAAAGGAGGCCAGUUUAUCGCCGCUGGGUACAGUGAUGGGACUCUGCGCAUCUUCCGAUUGGCCACCUCUGAGAUGGAGCUGAAGCUCCACCCCCACCCCGUGUCCGUCACGGCCGUGCAGUACUCUGCAGCUGGCCAGGUGCUUCUCUCAGGGGGUAAGGAUGGCCUGAUGGCCAUCAGCAGCCCCCUCACCGGGAUGACCCUUCGCAUCAUCAGCGACCACAAGGGUGUGCCCAUCAGCACCAUUCAGUGCGUCAAGAAGAAGUGCAUAGAAUUUGGACUUGAAGGAAAUGAGAUGUGGUUGGCAGCCAGUGCAGACAGACGUGUCAGUAUCUGGGCGUCUGAUUGGACGAAGGACAAGUGUGAGCUUCUGGAUUGGCUCACCUUCCCAGCCCCUUCCAGCCCUGAGGCACCGGACAGCCUGCCACCCAGCCUGGCUGCUUUCUACCCCAGUGAAUCAAGUAUAUUGCUGUACACAGGAUAUGGAGUAGAGAAGGAAAUGUCAUUCUAUAGCAUGUCCAAAAAACAGGUGAUUAAGAAGAUUGCUUUGUCUCAUUGGGCAACAUGCCUGGGCCUCUCCUCAGUAGGUUGUCUUGUUGCUGUUGGUUCUAACGAACGCCUGUUGAAGCUUAUCAAGUCCACUAGUGGAAAGUUCCAGGACUUUUCCACCCACAGUGACUCUUUGCAAGUGUGUCGGUUCUCCCCGUCAGGGAAGUACCUUUUCACAUCAGCCUACAAUGAGAUCCUGUUGUGGGAGGUGCAUGGGCUUUAGGCAAAGAGCUCCAAUGAGCCUCAUCUGACUGCAGCAUCCAGACCACAGGAGAACUGCAUCUUAUCUGAGCUAUAUUAAAUCACCUUAUCCUAUGUGUGAGACUGCCCAGCCAUUCAUCUGUAUGGUGGAGCUAAAGCUGGUGAAUAUAUGGAUGUAUUUGAAUUUAGACUUCUAGUUUUUAUGUAGUUCUUGUUUAUAGGUUUGGACAAAGAAAAUGCCCGUUUUGUGGGUUCUGUGAAGGAUUUUUUUACAAUUAUUUGUUGCACAUUUUAUUUAUAUUUUUAAUUUUAUGUCAUGAAUUUUAUUUCUCCUGAUCCACCAGAUAUUUGGGUCUUGAUAACAUUCUGUCUCCAUGGUUCUUAUACUAUUACUUAAGAAUCUUUCUCUGACAUAUCACUAUCAACACCUGCCCCCUCCUUGGAAUUUGUUGUAGUUUACAUUAGAUAGAACUGGUGUUGGGACUCGAGUGUAGUGUAGUUUUCAGUGUUGGGGACAAAAUUGAUUCCACAUUUCCAAACUCAUAUCUUUUCUGACCAGAGAGAUGGAUAAAUCUUUUAAUUAUGAAUGUAUGUAUACGUUUGCUUAUAGCUGGAGAAGAACAUGUACCAGUUUUGGUCACAAUCGUAGAAAUGUUGUGCUGAUGUUUUUAUUAAAGUUUUUUUUUUUUUAAA